AUGAGGACAAACAUCACUGAGUUCUUCCUCCUGGGGUUCUCCGACCUUUCUCCACCAUUACAGGUCACAAUAUUCACCUUCUUCCUGUGCUCCUACAUCAUCACAAUGGUGGGUAAUACCUUCAUCAUACUGUUUGCGUCCUUUGAUCCGGUUCUCCAAACCCCUAUGUAUUUCUUCCUGAGGAAUUUAUCUUUCUAUGAACUUUGUUUCACUACAGUGACAAUUCCAAAAAUCUUGGAGAACUUCCUAUCAAAGGAACGGACCAUCUCAUUUCUGGCCUGCGCCCUUCAGAUGUUUUUCUUCUUUUCUGUUGGAGUGUCAGAAUGUGUCUUUCUUGGGGUUAUGGCCUUUGACCGGUACAUGGCUAUCUGUCACCCAUUGCGGUACACCUUGGUGAUGAGCCCUAAGAUGUGUUAUAAGCUGACUGUAGGAUCUUGGGCUUUUGGAUUUUUGGUGUCUUUAGGACAAACAAGUUACAUCUUCAGUUUGCCAUAUUGUGGGCCCAAUCUAAUUGGCCACUUCUUCUGUGACAUUGCUCCAGUCCUCAGCUUGGCUUGCACCAACACGUUCAUCAAUGAGCUCUUAGUCUUCAUUUGCUGCCUGUGUGGUGCUGUGGUGCCAUUUCUUCUCAUCCUCUGCUCAUACGCCAAAAUCCUGAGCUCCAUUCUUCUCAUUCACUCCUCAGAAGGACGACACAAAGCUCUGUCCACCUGCAGCUCACACUUGGUAUCUGUCUUCCUCUAUUAUGGCACCGCCAUGUUUACCUAUCUACGCUUAGGCACUUCUGAUGACAAUGACAGGAUGAUAUCUCUGUUCUAUUGUAUUGUGAUACCAGCUAUAAAUCCUCUUAUCUAUAGUCUAAGGAACAAGGAGAUGAAGACCGCCAUAAGGAAACUCAUGACCAAGAUUCUCAACCGAACAAAUGGAAUCAGUUACUGA